AUGGACGACCUCGACCUCUUUGGCGCCUUUGACGACGCGCAGACGCUGUCGACGGCCGAGCAGGCCGCGCUGGCGACGGCGCCGACGCCGACGACGGCCGCGCCCUUGAAGCGCAAGGCCGACGAGGCUGCGCUGCCAGCUACGAAGCGCAUCCAACGCCCAAGGGACGAGGUGCACUGCGCGACGGGCACGCAGAAGAAGAACCUCAUCUCGUUCUCGGCGCUGCCGCCGGACUACGUGGCGCCGACGCUGCCGGACGACUUUGUGCCGGCCAAGACGUAUCCGUUCACGCUGGAUCCGUUCCAGCAGCAGUCGGUCGACUACAUUGAGAAGGGCGAGAGCGUCCUCGUCUCGGCGCACACGUCGGCCGGCAAGACGGCCGUGGCCGAGUACGCGAUCGCCAAGUCGCUGCGUGACAAGCAGCGCGUCAUCUACACGUCGCCGAUCAAGGCGCUGUCGAACCAAAAGUACCGCGACCUCGAGCAAGAGUUUGGCGACGUGGGCUUGAUGACGGGCGACAUUACGAUCAACCCGACGGCCACGUGCCUCAUCAUGACGACCGAGAUUCUGCGCUCGAUGCUCUACCGCGGGUCCGAAGUCAUGCGCGAGGUGGCGUGGGUCAUUUACGACGAGAUCCACUACAUGCGUGACAAGGAGCGUGGUGUGGUGUGGGAGGAGAGUAUCAUCCUCCUCCCGCACAAGGUCCGGUUCGUCUUUCUCUCGGCGACGAUUCCCAACUCGAAGGAGUUUGCGUCGUGGAUCUGCCACAUCCACCACCAGCCGUGCCACGUCGUGUACACGGACUACCGCCCGACGCCACUGCAGCACUAUGUGUUUCCCGCGGGCGGCGACGGUCUCCACCUCGUCGUCGACGAGAAGGGCAAGUUCCGCGAAGACAACUUCCAGAAAGCGAUGGCGACGCUCUCGGCGUCCAUGGAGCCCGAGCCGGCCGACCAAAGUGCCGCCAAAAAGGGCGCGAAAAAGACGGGCGGAAACCCGAAAAAGAAGAUUGGCGCCGACGUCUUCCGCAUCGUCAAGCUCGUCAUGGAGCGGCAGUACGACCCGGUCAUUAUCUUCUCAUUCUCCAAGCGCGAGUGCGAAGCCUAUGCGCUCCUCCUCUCGAAGCUCGACUUUACGACCGACGAAGAGAAGACCAUGGUCGACCAAGUGUUCAAGAACGCGAUCGACUCGCUCAGCGACGACGACAAGAGCCUUCCGCAGGUCGACUCGAUCCUGCCGCUCUUGCGUCGUGGCAUUGGGAUUCACCACGGCGGCCUCCUUCCGAUCCUCAAGGAAGUCAUCGAGAUCAUGUUUGGCGAAGGCCUCCUCAAGUGCCUCUUUGCGACCGAGACGUUCUCGAUGGGCUUGAACAUGCCGGCCAAGACGGUCGUCUUCACGAACUGCCGCAAGUACGACGGCAACGACUUUCGCUGGAUCACGUCGGGCGAGUACAUUCAAAUGUCGGGCCGCGCCGGUCGUCGCUCGAAGGAUGCGCGCGGUAUCGUCAUCCAAAUGCUCUCGGACAAGAUGGAGCCGCAGGUCGCGAAAGGCAUUCUGUACGGCCAAGCCGACCCGCUCUUUUCGAGCUUCCAUCUCGGCUACAACAUGCUCCUCAACUUGCUUCGGGUCGAAGAUGCCAACCCCGAGUACAUGAUCAAGCAGAGUUUCCACCAGUUCCAGAACGAACAAGCCGCGCCCGGCUUGGAAGACGCGCUCGCCCGCGUCCUCGAAGAGAAGGACGCGAUCGAGAUUCCCAACGAACCCGAAGUCGCCGAGUACUACUACCUCUCCAAGAGCGUCGCCAAGUACGCCGACGACCUCCGCGCGAUCCGGAACGAGCCCAAGUACAUUGUGCCCUUCUUGAACGCCGGCCGCCUCGUCAAGGUCCACAGCACGAGCGCUCCUUGGGACUAUGGCGUCAUUGUCAACUUUGAGUCGGGCAUCAAGACCAACCCGGACGCCGCGCAAGCGUCCGACACAGCGACCGUCGUCCACGUGCUCCUCAACUGCCGCGCCGGCGUCGACAAGGCUGAGCCUGAACCCGCGGCGCCGGGUGCCUGGACGCACCGCGAGUCGGAGAUGAAGAUCUGCCCCGUGCCGCUGGCGCGCAUCGAUGUGCUCUCGUCGCUCCGUGUGUACAUUCCCAAGGACCUCCGCCCGCUCGACGCGCGCGUCGCCGUCGCCAAGUCGCUCGCUGAGGUCAUGCGCCGGUUCCCGCAGGGCGUGCCGCUCCUGGAUCCGAUCGAGGACAUGGCGAUCGAGGACCCGGCCUUCAAGAAGCUCGUCGCCAAGGCCAAUGACGCGCAGGCGUCGAUGCUCGCGUCGCCGAUCCACGCCGAGCCGGGCUCUCGCUUUGCCUUGUACUCGGAGAAGAUGGAGUGCGAAGCCAAGGUGCGCGAGCUCGAGCGCCAGAUCAAGGACUCGCAGACGCUUGUGUUGAAGGACGAUCUCCGGCGCCGGAAGCGCGUGCUCCGCCGGCUCGAGUUUGUCACGGCCGACAACGUCAUUGGGCGCAAGGGCCGGACGGCGUGCGAGGUCUCGACCGCCGACGAGCUUCUCGUGACGGAGCUCAUCUUCAACGGCGCGUUCAACGACCUCGGCGUCAAGGAGACGGUCGCGCUCCUGAGUUGCUUGAUCAACACGGAAAAGGUCAAGGACGGGCAAAAGCCGCCGACCGCCGAAGCGCUUGAGGCACCCGUGCGCACGCUGCGCGACACGGCCCGCCGCGUGGCCAAGACGAUGCAGGACGCCAACAUCACGAUCGACGUCGAGGAGUACGCGGCGUCGUUCAACACCAACAUGGUCGACGUCCUCAUCGCGUGGUGCGAAGGCGCCAAGUUCAGUCAGAUCUGCAAGAUGACCGACCAGUUCGAGGGCUCGAUCAUCCGUCUCAUUCGGCGCCUCGAAGAGCUCCUUCGGCAGCUCACGCUGGCCGCGCACUCGAUUGGCAACGCCGAGCUCGAGGCCAAGUUCGAAGAAGGCGGCAAGAAGAUCAAGCGCGAUAUCGUCUUUGCAGCCUCGCUCUACUUGUAA